UUAUUUUUGAAAGACGGACUGCGUUUUGACACGGAAACAGUAGUUUGCGAUAAACAUUACUGGAUGUCUUGAAUUUUAAAAUGGACUUUACAGGAUCCAUCCUAAAUGAAAAUGAACAAACCGCUCCAGUAAGAAAGAAAAGGCUUUCCUCAAUACUGAAGAUGCCAAGGCCUGGUCAUGCCCCUGGGAUUGAGAAUGAACAACCACUGGAUCACCAAAUACCAGUGAUGAAAAAACGAGGCUCUCGAAGGGUCAGCUUUUCUGAAACCAACAGUAUAAAGGUUUUUGCUAAUGAUGCUGCUGAAAUAAAUAAGUUGGAAGACAUUAAUAGCACAGGCUUGAAUAACUUGCUUCAUGCUCCCCUUCAGGUGCCCCAAAGUGAGGUCUCACUUUUUAAAGCAGCACCAUUACAUGAGGAAGAUAAUCUAUUUCUUGACCAUACAAACAAUUUGAUGGAUGAGAAAACCAUUAUGUUUGCAGAUAAUAAUGAAGAUAUGGAAAUGACACAAAGUCAUACUGUUAAAAUAUCUGAAAGAUCUGUACAGAAACCUGUUGAAUCAUCUUCAGAAAAAUUAGAUUUCAAGUGUUUUUUGACCAGACUGAAUAACAACUCAAAUAAUUUUCAAUGCAAUGAAACAACUUUGUUUUCAGCCGAUAAUGAAGAUUUGGAAAUGACACAAAGUCACACAGUUAACAUAAAGGAGAAAUCUGUGAACAAAACUGGUAUAUCAUCAUCAUCUCCACAAGCACAUUUCAAAUACUUUGACAGUAUUCAUGAAAAUAAACCGGAUGAAGGUCCUACUGCACAAAAAAAUUAUUUUCAUUCUGAUAAGACAAUUGUGUUUUCUACAGGUAAUGAAGAUAUGGAAAUAACACAAAGUCAUACUGUUAACAUAAGUGACAGAACAGUGAGGAAAGCUGGUGGGGAGUCUUUAGAGAAAUUAGACUUCAGAAUGUUUCUUCAUAGAAUGAACAAUAAUAACCCCAAAAGUUGCUUAACUGAACAAAGCAAUAAUUUCCAAUGUAAUAAAACUGUUAUGUUUUCAAGUGAUAAUGAAGAUAUGGAAAUGACACAAAGUGAUACAGCUAACAUAAGGGAAAAAUCUGUGAAGGCUGCAGAAUCGUCUUUUGCAAAAUCAGAUUUCAGUAGUUUUUGUUCAAGGAUGAAUGGAAACAUCCCAAAUGCAUUUGCUUUAAAACAAACAAUUUCCAACCAUAAUAAGACAAUUGUGUUUUCAGCAGAGGAAGAAGAUAUGGAAAUGACUCAAAGUCAUACGAUCAACAUAAAUGAAAAAUCUGUAAGAAGACCUACUGAGUCAUCAACUAAAAAUUCAAAUUCCGAUGCUGUUUGUCUUAGAAGGUUCGGUGUUGUCCCAAGAGAAGAAACAAAUGAUAUUCACAGCAAUAAAACAAUUGUGUUUUCGGCAGAUAAUGAAGACAUGGAAAUGACACAAAGUCACACUGUGAACAUAAAUGAAAAACCUGUGAGGAGACCUACUAACUCUUCUUAUGUAAAAUCAGAUUUCACCAAAGUAUAUGUCAAUGUGAAUGGAAAUAACUCAAAAAACGUUUUUCCGGAGCAAACUGUUUUUAACAGUGAUAAGACCAUUGUAUUUUCAAGUAAUAACGAAGAAAUGGAAAUGACUCAAAGGCACACUGUUGACCUAAGUAACAAAUCUGUGAACAAAGCGGCUCAGUCAUCUUUGGAGAAAUUAGACUUCAAGCAAUUUCUUGCUAGAAUCCAUGAAAACAAGCCUGUAGGUUCUACUAAACCAACAGAUGAUUUUCUUUUUGAUAAGACAGUUGUGUUUUCAGCUGACAAUGAAGAUAUGGAAAUGACAGAAAGUCAUACUGUUAAUCUAAAGGCAAAAUCUCUGAACAAGAGUGCUCUAUCAUCAUCUGCAAACUCCAAUUUCAAACAUUUUCAUGGCAGUGUUUGUGAGAAUAAACCCACUGAAAGUCUUACUGCACAAACAAAUUCUGUUCACUGUGACAAGACUAUUGUGUUUUCAGCUGAUAAUGAAGACAUGGAAAUGACACAAAGCCAUACUGUUAACAUAAAUGACAAAACUGUGAAGAAUGUUACCAAAUCAUCUUUAGGAAAAUCAGAUUUCAGUUUGUUGCUUAACAAAAAGAAUGACAAGAACCUAAUUGCUGGUCCUGCUGAGCAAACAAAUGAUUUCCGUGGUAAUAAGACCAUUAUUUUUUCAGAUGUUGAUGAUAAGGAUAUGGAAAUGACUCAAAGUCAUACUGCUAACAUAAAGGAUAUAUCUGUGAGGAGAACUCUGGGAUCACCUCAUGGAGAAACAAAUUUAAAAAUUUUCGAUAGGCAACAUUCCACUGAUCAAACAAGUGAAUUCCAGUGUUGUAAUACCAUUGUGUUUUCAGCUGAUAAUGAAGACAUGGAAAUGACACAAAGUCAUACUGUUAAUAUAAACGAUAAAUCAAUGAGGAGACCUGCACAGUCAUCUUUUGCAAAAUCGGAUCUCAAAAACGUCUAUGCCAGAAUGGACAAAAAUCACCAAACUCUUCAUCCUGCUGAACAAACACAUGAUUUCCAAAGUAAUAAAACACUUUUGUUUGCAGGUGCAAAUGAGGAUAUGGAAAUAACACAAAGUAAUACUGUUAAUAUAAAUGACAAAUGUAUGCAGAGACCUGUUGAAUCUUCUCUUGAAAAAUCACAGGCCAGUACCUCUUUUAUGAACAUGGAUGGAAAUACCUCAGAUCAGAGUGUUGCAGGUCAAAAACUUCUCCAUCCUAACAAGACUGUUAUGUUUUCAGCUGAUAAUGAAGACAUGGAACUCACAAAAAGUCAUACUGUUAACAUAAAUGACAAACAUAUGAAGAGGGCUGCUGAAUCGUUUUUUGCAACAUCAAAAGUCAAAAAUCUUCACACCCAAAUGAAUGACAAUAACUCCGUUCCAGGUCUUUCAGGACAAAUGAGUGAUUCCCAGUGUAAUAAGACCAUUGUGUUUUCAGUUGGUAGUGAAGAUAUGGAUUUGACCCAAAGCCAUACUGUGAGCAUAAGUGACAAACCAGUAAAGAAAGCCCCCAAAUCUUCCUUGGUAAAAUUGGACUUCAGCAGCUUGCAUUCCCACAUUAAUGGAAAUAAUCGAAAUAUGGGUCCUGUGGAACAGACUGUUUUCCAAGGUAAUAAGACCAUUGUGUUUUCUUCUGACAAUGAAGAUAUGGAAAUGACAGAAAGUCAUACUGUUAAUCUAAAGACAAAAUCUCUGAACAAGAGUGCUCUAUCAUCAUCUGCAAACUCCAAUUUCAAACAUUUUCAUGGCGGUGUUUGUGAGAAAAAACCCACUGAACAUCUGACUGCACAAACAAAUUCUGCUCACUGUGACAAGACUAUUGUGUUUUCAGCUGAUAAUGAAGACAUGGAAAUGACACAAAGCCAUACUGUUAACAUAAAUGACAAAACUGUGAAGAAUGUUACCAAAUCAUCUUUAGGAAAAUCCGAUUUUAGUUUGUUACUUACCAAAAAGAAUGACAAGAACCUACCGGUAAUUGCUGGUCCUGCUGAGCAAACAAAUGAUUUCCGUGGUAAUAAGACCAUUAUUUUUUCAGAUGUUGAUAAGGAUAUGGAAAUGACUCAAAGUCAUACUGCUAACAUAAAAGAUAUAUCUGUGAGGAGAACUCUGGGAUCACCUCAUGGAGAAACAAAUUUAAAAAUUUUUGAUAGGCAACAUUCCACUGAUCAAACAAGUGAAUUCCAGUGUUGUAAUACCAUUGUGUUUUCAGCUGAUAAUGAAGACAUGGAAAUGACACAAAGUCAUACUGUUAAUAUAAAUGAUAAAUCAAUGAGGAGACCUGCACAGUCAUCUUUUGCAGAAUUGGAUCUCAAAAAUGUCUAUGCCAGAAUGGACAAAAAUCACCAAACUCUUCAUCCUGCUGAACAAACACAUGAUUUCCAAAGUAAUAAAACACUUGUGUUUGCAGGUGAUAAUGAAGAUUUGGAAAUAACACAAAGUAAUACUUUUAGUAAUAUAAAUGACAAAUGUAUGCCGAGACCUGUUGAAUCUUCUCUUGGAAAAUCACAGGCCAGUACCUCUUUUAUGAGCAUGGAAGGAAAUAUCUCAGAUCAGAGUGUUGCAGGUCAAACACUUCUCCAUCCUAACAAGACUGUUAUGUUUUCAGCUGAUAAUGAAGACAUGGAACUCACAAAAAGUCAUACUGUUAACAUAAAUGACAAACAUAUGAAGAGGGCUGCUGAAUCGUUUUUUGCAACAUCAAAAGUCAAAAAUCUUCAUACCCAAAUGAAUGACACUAACUCAGUUUCAGGUCUUUCAAGACAAAUGAGUGAUUCCCAGUGUAAUAAGACCAUUGUGUUUUCAGUUGGUAGUGAAGAUAUGGAUUUGACCCAAAGCCAUACUGUGAGCAUAAGUGACAAACCAGUAAAGAAAGCCCCCAAAUCUUCCUUGGUAAAAUUGGACUUCAGCAGCUUGCAUUCCCACAUUAAUGGAAAUAAUCGAAAUAUGGGUCCUGUGGAACAGACUGUUUUCCAAGGUAAUAAGACCAUUGUGUUUUCUUCUGACAAUGAAGAUAUGGAAAUGACAGAAAGUCAUACUGUUAAUCUAAAGGCAAAAUCUCUGAACAAGAGUGCUCUAUCAUCAUCUGCAAACUCCAAUUUCAAACAUUUUCAUGGCAGUGUUUGUGAGAAAAAACCCACUGAACAUCUGACUGCACAAACAAAUUCUGCUCACUGUGACAAGACUAUUGUGUUUUCAGCUGAUAAUGAAGACAUGGAAAUGACACAAAGCCAUACUGUUAACAUAAAUGACAAAACUGUGAAGAAUGUUACCAAAUCAUCUUUAGGAAAAUCUGAUUUCAGUUUGUUACUUACCAAAAAGAAUGACAAGAACCUAAUUGCUGGUCCUGCUGAGCAAACAAGUGGUUUUUAUGGUAAUAAAACCAUUAUUUUUUCGGAUCUUGAUGGUAAGGAUAUGGAAAUGACUCAAAGUCAUACUGCUAGCAUAAAGGAUAUAUCUGUGAGGAGAACUCUGGGAUCACCUCGUGGAGAAACAAAUUUAAAAAUUUUCGAUAGGCAACAUUCCACUGAUCAAACAAGUGAAUUCCAGUGUUGUAAUGCCAUUGUGUUUUCAGCUGAUAAUGAAGACAUGGAAAUGACACAAAGUCAUACUGUUAAUAUAAAUGAUAAAUCAAUGAGGAAACCUGCUCAGUCAUCUUUUGCAAAAUCGGAUCUCAAAAACAUUUAUGCCAGAAUGGACAAAAAUCACCAAACUCUUCAUCCUGCUGAACAAACACAUGAUUUCCAAAGUAAUAAAACAAUUAUGUUUGCAGGUGAUAAUGAAGAUAUGGAAAUAACACAAAGUAAUACUGUUAAUAUAAAUGACAAAUGUAUGCAGAGACCUGUUGAAUCUUCUCUUGGAAAAUCACAGGCCAGUACCUCUUCUAUGAACAUGGAAGGAAGUAUCUCAGAUCAGAGUGUUGCAGGUGAAAAACUUCUCCAUCCUAAUAAGACUGUUAUGUUUUCAGCUGAUAAUGAAGACAUGGAACUCACAAAAAGUCAUACUGUUAACAUAAAUGACAAACAUAUGAAGAGGGCUGCUGAAUCGUUAUUUGCAACAUCAAAUGUCAAAAAUUCUCACACCCAAAUGAAUGACAAUAACUCAGUUGUAGGUCCUUCAGAACAAAUGAGUGAUUCCCAGUGUAAUAAGACCAUUGUGAUUUCAGCUGCUAGUGAAGAUAUGGAUUUGACCCAAACCCAUACUGUGAACAUAAGUGACAAACCCAUGAGGAAAGCCCCUGAAUCUUCUCUGGGAAAUUUGGACUGCAGUAAUUUGUGUUCCCGCAUUGAUGGAAAUAAUCCAAAUACGGGACCCGUGGACCAGACUGUUUUCCAAGGUAAUAAGACUAUUGUGUUUUCUUCUGGUAAUGAAGCUAUGGAAAUGACUCUAAGUCAUACAAUCAACAUAAAUGAAAAAUCUGUCCAAAUAGCAGCUGAUUCGUUUUUUGAAAAAUCAAAUGUGAAAAAUCUUCACGCCCAAAUGAAUGACAAUAACUCAACUGUGGGUCCUUCUAGACAAGUGAGUGAUUCUCUGCAUAAGAAGACCAUUGCGUUUGAUGAAGAUCUAGAACUGACACAAAGUCACACAGUAAAUAUAAAUGACAAAUCUGUGAGGAAAGCUCCUGAAUCUUCUUUCAUGAAGUUGGAUUUCACUAGCUCGUGUUCCCACCUGAAUGAAAAUAAUCGGAGUACAAGUCCAGAGGAACAAAUUGUUUUGCUAGGUCCUACAACCAUUGUGCUUUCUUCUGAUAAUGAAGAUAUGGCAGUGAGUCAAAUUCAUGACAUAUAUGGUGAGAAGGCUGCUGAAUUCUCUUUAGCAAAAUUAAAUGUUAAUGCCAACAUGAAUGACAAUUACACAAAUGGUGAUCAAACCGGUGAUUCCAAAAGUAGUAAACCAACUGUGUUAUCAAAUGUUAAUGAAGAUCUGGAACUCACACAAAGCCAUAGUGUAAAUAUAAAUGACAAAUCGACAAGCAAAGUCAUGAAAUCUUCUUUUGGGGAACUGGAUUUCAUUAACACGAGUUCUCACUUGAAAGAGAAUAAUCCAAAUGCAGGACUCACAGAACAAACAAUUUCAAAGUGUAAUAGGACCAUUCCGAUUUCAACUAAUAAUGAAGAUAUGGAAAUGACUCAAAGCCAUACUGUUAACAUAAAUCAAAAAGAUGUCAAAGCGACUGAUUUAGAUACAAACAAAACCAGUUGUUUACAAAAAGAUAAUGCAAAAAGUACAUUUCAGAAAGCAGUAACUGAUCAGGAAAGAUAUUUGUCGAAACGGAAAUCCCUGGGAAUGUUUCUUCCAAAGCUCCCAAAUAAAAGGAAACUAUGCACAUCUGAUACAGCAUCUGUAAAUCUUCUGCACCUUCAGGAGAACAGCACUGCUUCAUCUCAGAACACUGAUCCCGAAGGAGCAACAGGCAGCAGGACGUUCGGCCAGUGUUGGCCUCAUGCUAAAAUUUCUGCCAUCCCAGACAUAAAAGAAGAGGUCUGCCCAGAUUUCGAUCAAGAAUCUAGUUCUGAAAUGCAUCACUCUGACAAAGUGCAGCUGGAUUGUGAGAAGACUGAAGAGCAUUUGGCCAAAACAACAGACUUGGAACAACCACAUCAAAUGUUCCAAAGCCCCAGAACAAAGUUCUUAGAUAGCACCUUGGAUAGUUUUGAGCUCUUCGGUGAAAAAAGGUUUAAGUCCAGCAUACUUCAGGAAUCGGAGGUUGGGCAGCAGGGUAUACUAGAUGGCAGCAUCACUGUCAGAGAGUUUAUGCAACUCCUUGAAGUUAAUAUGGAUAUCCAAAAGCCAAGACAGAGUCAACUUCCACCCAACUGUUUUUCUGAUGUUACCCCUGCUUUGGAUGACUGGCUUAAGGAGAAAUAUAUUUAUGAACCACAGCUGCAGGUCUGGGAGGAAGACUACCAAACUCAGUCUAAUUUAAUUGACAGCCUUCAGUUAGAAAUGUCUUCUCUGGACAAGCGCUUAAUAGAGCUGAAUGAGCCAUUUUGGGAGAAAAUCAGAACCUAUUCACUUGGUCAGUUAAAGAAUCUAGGACUUGGGAUAACUGAAAAAAACUCAUACUUCAGAAAAGAGGCCAAGAUGCUCUUUAAUGAAAGAAAGAUGAAAUUGUACACUGAAAUGAUAAACGUUGCAGAGCUAGAAGAGCAGAAACUGAAACAGAAGAUUACAAAGUGUGAUGAAGUAAUAUUUGGAAUAGAACAAUUGUUUGCUUCUGUGGAGGAUAAAAAAAAUAAAGAAGCUGAAUUUUUAAGCAUGAAAGUGGAACAAAAACAACUGAAGUUGGAGUCUGUUAUUAAAGAAGUAAAGAAUGAAAUUCAGAAACAAGAAGAAGUAAUAUGCAAAUUGAAAUCACAAAUUGACAAUUACCAGUGUAUAUCAGUAUGGACCAUUUCUGAAUGGCUGAGUGAGAAGGCCUGUUUUAGAUUUCUUGAAGAUUCUUUUGAAAUUGAGCUUAAAUUUGGAGAUCCUUUAGCGGAUGUUCUGUUUUGUGAGAAGCCAGCUCACAAGAUAGAUGAAGUGAAGUUUUACACGUUGUUAGACGAAGGAAACUGUAAACCUUCAUAUGCUGUUGUUCACCAUUUGCUUAGGCAGUUUGUUCAUAGCAAACGUUCUUGGAAUCAGGAUUGUACAACACAGCGGGAUUUACCAAUGCUCCUGCAUGAGUUUUCGCUUGUGACAACUCGGUACCACUCUCUUGGUGGAGAAAUUGAAAACCUUAUCACAAAUGGAUCUUUAAAAUAUUAUAUCCUCAAUCUUGAAAUAAGGAAUACAGACCUCAAGAUCCUGUUCUCAAGUUACAUUUCGUUUGUCAAAUUUGAAGUAACAUUCUGCCUUACACAUCAUUACCCAACCUCCUCACUUCAGAUAGUGAACUUCAAAAAUUACAUCGGAGAGACAAGCUUUGCUCAGUUUGAGGAAGUUGUCUCUUCUGUAUCAAAAGGACCCCAAUAUCUGACCAGAGUGGUGGAUAAAAUAUACCAGGAAUUUCUUAGUAAAGAUUACAAGCUGCCACUGUUUGUAUGAAAGCGUCUUGUUACAAAAGCUUGUUUUAAUUCUGUGGAUAUUGUAAAUAUUAUUGUUGGUUUCUUUGUUUUGUUUUUUUUACAUGUUUUAAUAAAUUGUAAUGCUUUAAUUAUUUUUCCUGUUGUGUAAUAAAGUUUGUUAAACAUA